AUGGGCAUGUCGCGUUGCUAUUCUUUGAUGAAAUGCUUGCUUAUUCUCUUUAAUGUGAUAUUUUUGUGUUUGGGAUGCGGGGUGUGUGCAUUUGCUGGGUGGGCACUAUGGGAUGGGCGUGCUAGCGAGACAGGUUCCGGUAGAGCUGGUCUGUGUGCAGUUGCUAUAUGGGGUGCUAUUCUAACUCUUGGGGCUAUUACUGCACUGGCAGGUGCUGUCCGUGGAUCAGCAUCUCUACUGGCGGCAUGUUUUGCCCUCUUAGCUUUAAGUGCCGUAGCAGAAGGUGCUGCAGCUUGGUGGGGCGCCGCCCACCUUCCGCGGCUGCGCGUUGCCUUAUCUGACCGUUUACACCACACUGUCACUCGGGAUUAUGGUCUCUUGCCUGCCCGUACUCAUAUUAUUGAUGCUAUACAGACUGGCUUGGAAUGUUGUGGCGCAACGGGCUCUCGUGAUUGGCAACAGUCGGCGUGGGCGAAUGGUGAAACGGGAGGGGAAAGCGAUACCCUGGACCUGAGUGUGGCUGCCGAACCCGCCUACUAUUAUGUACCGCCUUCAUGUUGCAUGACAAAAGACAACGCAGAGUGUGAGGUGGCACGACGCGUGCCGGCAGCUUCAUCUACUGCGCCCGGGCUGCACACAGAUGGGUGCUCACCUCGCGUGCUUCAUGUGCUCGGCGAGGCUGCGCGUGCGCCGCUUCUCGCCGGUGCCACAUUUUUCGCUGCCCAUUUGCUAGCGCUACUCUUGGCCUUAGCUCUUACGCUACGAGCUGCACCCGCUAAUAAUUACAAAGCUUAA